CUGCUGCCUCUGCAUGCUGGACGCCAACCACAAAGGACAUGACAUGGUCUCGGCUGCUACAGAACGAGCAGAGAAACAGAGGCAGCUGGAAAAGUCCAAGCAGACGGUUACGGAUCGAGAGACAGAGCUGAAGGAAACCCAAAAUGCAUCAGGUAGACUCAGGAAACUGACUCAAGCCACAGAGGAAGAAGGUGACCGGAUCUUCACCGAACUGCUCAGCUUUAUACGGAGAAGCCACACUGAGAUAAUUAUGCUGGUCCAAAGUCAGAUGACCACGGAGUUGAACCGGAUUCAGGGACAUUCGCAAGAUCUGGAACAAGAGAUCUCAAAGUUGAAGAGAAAGCAGUCCGAGGUGGAGCAGCUUUCACAUACUGAUGAUCACAUCUAUUUCCUCCAGGAGGUCCAAUCCCGCUGGCCGACUUCUAAUGACUUCCAAAGCCUGACAACUAAUCCACAGUUCUCUUUUGGAGAAGUGAUCAAGUCCCUCACCUCAUUAACAGCACAUAUAAAGGACAUUUGGAGACUGGAAACAACCAGGAUAUUCUCAGCAGUGACUGCAGAAAAGAUCCUACUGCCGCAAGAACCCAAGACAAGGGAGGACUUUAUACAGUUUCUGGUUCCCUUGAGUCUGGACCCAAACACGGCCCACAGGAACCUUCGGUUAACAGAACAGAACCAGGCUGUGGCUUGCAGUAUUGAGCCCCAAUCAUAUCCAGAACAUCCGGACCGCUUUGAGUGGUGGGCCCAGGUGCUGAGCAAGGAAGGUCUGACAGGUCGCUGCUACUGGGAGGUGGUCUGGAGCGGACAGUACGGCGUCGACCUCGCAGUGUCCUACAAAGACAUCAACAGAACUGGGCAAGGAGACGACAGUGGGUUUGGGUACAACAGGCACUCCUGGAGUCUGGACUGUUCCAUGUUCAGAUACGCAAUAGUGCACAACAACGAGGAGACGGAGAUCAGUGUACCCCUGUCCCACUGGAUCGGGGUGUAUCUGGACCACCGGGCAGGACAGCUGUCCUUCUACAGUGUCUCAGAUACCAUGAUCCUCCUUCACAAAGUCCAGACCAGGUUCACUCAACCUCUUUAUCCAGGAUUUGGGCUCUUUCAGGGCUCAACUGCAAAAUUAUGUGAAUCGCAAGAAGGCGGAUCACCACAAGAAGUAAACAGAACCAAGAAUAACAAAACAUGUAUAAAACACAGAUGCUUAAGAACAGCCAUGAAGAGAAACAAAUAUCUCAGAUUUGGAAAGCGAGGUGCCAGCAGUCCUAAAUAAAAAUGUCCUGUCCUGAAUUGUCCAGAAUAAAAACAUUGUCCUGAAUAAAAAAAAAAUGGGGAAAUGGCAUCACCAGCACUGCUGCAAAAAUGAACUCAAUACAAAGCUUAUGUUUAGGUGAAAACCACAUAAUAAAUUAAUAAAUCUGA